AAAAAUUUAUCCACAUAUUUAUAAUAUCUGAGUUGAGUUAUAUUUACACGUUAUGAACACACCCAUAAUAAUGAAAAACAACUUGUUGACUAUAUAACGCGAGUAUAAGAUGGUAUAAAUAUAUCUGUAAUAUCGUAUAGGACAUAAUAUUUAAAUAACCGCAUUUUAUAUACCGCAGGACCGCAAUCGUUUUAUACUUCGUCCACGUUCAUAUAUGUGUGCGAUGUAUGUAAUUCCAUAAGUUAUAAUCAGUCGGUGAUCCCUUCACUGCCUUGCGUAUCGUCAGCAUAUGCAGACGUUCGUCAUUACACACGUGAAGUAUUAUGAGAGUUGAAAUAAUACAAUAUCUUACACCAAUAGGUAUAUGUACACAGGGUCAGGGUAGUGUAUGAAUUUAAUUUCGACAAUUUGAGUGGCGGUUCUAUAGCCUCGUAUAAGAAUAACAUGAUGAGUGCCUUCAUGGAGUACCUUAAUAAAAACUUCCUUUCCACGUCGGUGACAAAGUUUGGCACAUUCUCUGUAAAGGACUCAAGUUCACAUAGACGAUGAUAUUCCAAAUUUAUUACGCGAAACGCACACGUGUCGUCGAAUGGAAUUGCAGCAGUAUUACGAGAAAUAUAACAAGCUACGUGUGCAUCACGUGUCUGUAUAGUAAACGCAUUUCGAAUUGGAAGACCGUUCACUUGACUCGCGGGAAUCCGGAGGUAUAGAAUGUGUCAGAAAAGUCAGCGGUGAAGAAGAUGAAAAGUCGAAAGUACGCCUCACCCUCCGUAGUACUUCAAAGGCUCAAUGAGAACCCUGACACUGAAGAUGAAUCGGAUUCCGAAUGCUGCAGUAAUGCAUCCGGUGGUAUUCAGGGUGCCGAUUUUGAGACAGCUGUAGCCGCAACCGGAUAUGGAAAAUUCAACUACCUUCUCCUGCUAGGGUUUUUUCUUCCUUGUUGGGCGAGCAUCUUUGACGUUUCAAAUAUGUCGAUGAUCCUCCCAUCGGCUGAAUGCGAUCUUGGAUUAUCGAUGUUUCAAAAAGGAGUAUUAAAUGCCAGCACAUACGCAGGUACGAUAACGACCGCAAUGUUAUGGGGAUUCCUAGCAGAUGUGUAUGGAAGAAGAAAGCUUUUAAUUUACGGUUUCUUGGCUGAUUCUUUGUGCAACAUUUUAAGCGGAACAGCACAAAAUAUAUGGUUUCUAUUAUUCUUCAAAUACUGCAGCGGAUGCAUAAUGAACGGGCCAUACGCUAUAUCUAUGUCAUACUGCGCCGAAUUCCACGGUGGCAAGGAACGCGGCAGAGUUUUGCUUUAUUUGGGACUUUUUUCGGCGAUAGGUAACAUCGCGGUUCCAGUUCUCGCCUGGCUGGUGAUUCCCCAAACGUGGGAGAUCGUACUUUUCGACGGUCUUUUCGUCUACAAUUCCUGGCGUCUUUUUCUAACUCUAUGCGGUGCACCAACUCUGGUUGGUUUCGUAGCGUUGAUAUUUUUUCCCGAGAGUCCGAAGUUCCUCAUGUCGCAAGGUCGGAACGACGAGGCCCUUGAAAUAUUCAAAAAAAUGUACACGAUGAACACGGGCAACUCUUCGGACCAAUAUCCGAUCGAGAGUUUGGAGAACGGAAUAAACAUUUCUGGAUCAAAGAAGAGCCUUCGUUCCGUCAGCUCGAAAAAUGGCACUGAGUGUAAAAAUGUUUUACAAGGACUAGCGGAUGGAUUCAAACAGAUGAAGCCUCUGUUUUUCAUGCCACAUUUGUUGAGGCUUUUACUGGUCGUUAGUAUUCAAUUCGGAGGAAUGCUAUCAUUGAACACAAUCCGGCUAUGGCUACCGCAGAUUUUCGCCAUGUUGGAAAGUUUCGACCAGUCCGGUUACGACAAAAUUCAGCUACAGGACGGCCCUCCUACUUUCUGUGAAAUUCUUGACUUCUCAAUGACGAAAGCGACGAACGUGUCUUUGAAUUCAACAAAUAUUUCCCAAGUCCAAAACUGUGAUAAUGUAACGGUGAAUAGCACGGUCUAUCUGAACACCCUUAUAAUAUGUCUGGUAUCGACCGUUGGAUUCAUUUUUAUUAGUUUUCUUCUAAAUAUUUUCGGUCAAAAGAACAUUCUAUUAUUAUGCUACGUAAUUCCCCUGAUAUGUGCAGCGUCUUUGAACUGGUCAGCGAACGCUGUACUAACGUUGGUUUUGGCCUGCGUUUACAUCGCAUUAACAAAUAUAUCCGUAAACGCGGUGAUCGCAAUAACAGUCGAUCUUUUUCCAACAACUCUGAGAACCAUGGCAGUCAGUCUAAUAAUGAUGCUGGGACGUGUCGGAUCGUUGACAGGAAAUUUAUUAUUCUCCGUCCUUCUUUUGCAAGGAUGUGUAGCACCGUUGAUGGCGAUCGCGGGAUUGCUUUUAGUUUGCACCGUGUUGACUUUCCUCGUACCAAAAUCUACCGGAGCCCUGGAAUGACAUGGAUGCAUCGGGAGGACGUAUAUGUAUAUAGAUAUAUAUAUAUUUUGUAUUAUCGACAAAUGUGCGUAACGAGAAAAUUUGAUCGAACGACGAAGCGAUUUUUCUAAGCUAUACAUCGCCCGUAAAUGCCCAAUGAGAGAAACAAGAAAAGUUAGGAAACGAGGAUCUUGAGAAGUGCGGAUAACAUUUACUAAGGCGUAGCGCACUCGACGAAGUCUCGCAAUCUGACAACGUUCGAUUUUCAAUCGUGUAGCGCAGAUCAUCGGAUUGAAGAAUGAACGAAUACAAAUAUCACAGUGAAAAAAAUCGCGUAAUCACUAUUUGACAAGCAUUGAUUUAGGCAGAACACAAUAAAGUUUAGAAAUUGUAAAGAUAAUUUCCAGAUGAGUUCCUCUGUACGAUUUCAUGAUUGAAGAUAAAAAUGAGAUGAUGCGAUCAAUUAUUAUCUUUUGUUCAAAUCUACAUUGAUUUUUUUUUCAUUUGUUUUUUCUAAUUAUAUUGCCGACAAUCGAAUUAUAUUGCGAAAAUGUCUCGCUAAAUUUUAUUACCAGUCAUUCUGCGGGAUCAACUCAUCGAAUUGACCCACUUUCAAUCAUUAUUCUUUGUUUCUUUUUUAAUCCCAUACAAAGGUGUACGCGACGAUAUUCGAUGGUUCUUUUUUCUUUUUAUUGGAAAAAAAAAAAUAACGAACAGUAUCAACAAUUGAAUUCACGUGUUUGCAUCGACGUGAAAUUUUUUUUUCUGCACAGUAUACGCCGGAACAUCACAGUCUCAAGCGUGAUGUAGUCUAGCAAAGGGAGUUCUACUCCGCUCUAUUUAGCGUUUAAAUUGCAGUAUAUGUACCUAUAUACUGUGUACAUGUACAUGUACAUACACAUCCCGUACAUUUACAAGACACGUUGAAAAUUCCACACGUCACGGUAUCUUAUAACAGGGUCUGCGCGUGUCUGAAUUUAUAUUCGCUGUAUAAUAUCACGUAUUUUAUAAUAAUUAUCAAUUAGUCUUGACUAGAAAUGAAUAAAUUAUAAAAGUACAAAAAGAAGAUUAAAUAAAUAAACGGAUGGACGAAGAAAUAAUGAGAAAAAAUAAGAAUAGAAAAAAAUAAGCGUUAACUGUACGGUGCAGUUACUAAUUGCAAUCUUACCUAUGCAAAAUGCAAAAUGCAAAAUUACUAACUGCAAUUCUCACCUUCCAAAAUAAAUUUGAGAAAAAGUAGGCGGCGAUAACACGGACAAAAUCACCCAAGUAUCAUUCUAUACAUUUAAUGUGUGCCCGUUCGAUUAGCAGUUCGUGAAGGGGUCAUUUUUGUUUUCCUCUAAAAAUAAAAUCUGGAACGUGAAUUUAGGAUAAUUAGCAUGUUUGAGUAAAGUUACAUCGCGGUUCAGGCGAAGAACCGAGAUGGUGUGAUUUACAAAAAAAUCACGACGCAUCUCCAACGAAUUGAAACGAUCCGAUGAAUCCAAUAUUCAAAUUAAAUUCAAUUUGCACAAAAAUUUAGAAUUCCUGUACCCAAUUUGAAAGUUUUUUUUUUAAUUUACUGUCAGCUAUACUUCUCGCUCGCUCUCCGCAAUCAGAUAUUUUUGACCAAGUAAAAAAGUAAUUGACAUUUUUUACAUGCUUUCACUACAAAAUAUCUCUAUUCGAAGCAGUGUUCCGACGAGUAUGAGUGUGCCGUGUAAUAUGCUCGAUAGGAUCAGACCGCAUUCCAGGUAGAUCCAAACGUGGACAAAAAGUCAAAAGUUCUGGGCAGCCCCGGGCAAUAAUUCCAGUCUCGUGGGGUGCGGAGGUGGAUAGUUCAUCGCCGGCCAUAGAUCAGCAUCAGGGUUCUUUAGUCGCUACCUGAGUUGGGCUCAUUUUCGGUUUUCCACAACCUUGCAACUAAAAAGAUCGAAAACUCAUCUGAGAAAAAUUUUCUCAUGCUAAAAAAAUGAGUACAAUAUACGUGUACACACCCAUGUAGUUUUACCGUUGUAAAUAAUUGUACAGAUACGGAUCGUGGAGUUUAUUUUUAAUAUCGAGUAAAAUUUCAAAUUUCUAAUACUUCUUAUCGCGAAAUAUGGUGAAGAGAAAGGGACAAGGUGAUGUACUGUAUGAGUAAAAGAAUGUUGCGUAACGUUUCAAGAAAACGCAACACAGUUUAACGUCAUCAUCGACGCGUAUUCGAGGACAGAAAUUCCGAAAUCCGGAUGCGGGGGGCGAACGAGAUCCGCAAGUCCGGGAAGACCGAGAAAUGAAAAAAGUCAACGCUGAUUCACAACGCGCUGCUGUACGUACGUACGUAAAAUGUAACUCUCUCCCGGAAAUUGGUUCUGCAGUCCACAAGUUCGAAUCCGUUCAGCUUUCUGAUCUUCGAGCGAACGAUUGGUAGAUGAUUAUACGCUGCACGGGAUCGGCAAAUAUUUGUAAAACAAAAUAAUCAUUAUAAACUUGAAAGGAUAUGCAACUCUUUUUCAAUCAGUAAGAAAUUGAUCUACGGCAUUCGUGAGUCACGUGCGUCGUCCGUAGUACGUUGAGCGGUGUAAAAAAUAGGUGGACAGAAAAGUUGUUCGACUCGUCUGAAGCAACGGUUGAUAAUUUGCGGCGAAAAACAACAACAAAAAAAAAAAAAGAAAAGAACGAGCAGCACAAAUCGAAUCGACAAAAGGUGAAGGAAGACGAUACCUCACUCGAAAUAUUCGACGACGAAAUGACCAAAAUUUACCCCUCGAAAGGAAAGCGAGAAAAAAAAAAAAAAUGUCACAGAUCUAGAGAUCCCCCGUACGUACACGGGUGAAGUCGAAGACGGUGAAUAGUUUUCUUUCCAUUUCUUCUCGUACCCCACGAGUAUAAGAUGUUUUACGUUAGCCGGUGGCCGAGGGACGUUCUCUACGUUGACUCGCAGGUGAGGUAGGAGGAAAAGGUAAUAUGAUGGGACGAAGAGAGCGGAGUGGAAAGACGUGAGAGGAGUAGAGAGUCCAGUGUCGAGUGAACGACCCAAGUGAACGCGUUCUUGGUUUGACUAGCGGCGGCGUCCCGUACGUAUACGCGGAUGCCCUGAAAUAAUUCUCUCGUGAUCGUCGCGGGUCAUUUUCUAUUUUAUUUUUUACACGUUGUAUUUAUUUAAUUUAUUUUUUUUUGACACGGGACGCGUAAAACCCGAAAGUUCAACUUUACACCGAUUACGCGAAAUAACAGAAUUGAAACGAAAAGGAAGACAGAUAUAUGCGUGGCCACGUCGCAAAUUUUUUCGUUUUCAUCAACAACAUAAUCGUCGUUGAUUAAAUUUAAAAAAUUUUACUAAUCGAAAGAAAUUCGUUGAACUUUUUUAAAAAAAAAAAAAAAAGAUUAUGAUCGGACGAACUUCUGUGCGUGGGUGUAUUUCUAACCGACCUGAUCACGUAUGAUAAUCAUCGAUAAGGAUUAUAAAUUGUCGACACGUUUGGUGCAUGGAAAGGUGCAAUUUUGUUUUAUCAAUUUUUUAUAUAAGAGUUAUUUCUUCUCAACGAUUACAUUCAGUUGCAUCCGUUCAUCCUGAGUGGUUGUAAUAAUUCUCACAGUUCAAAAUUGUAGAAACGAUCGUUCCGCGGAGUUAUAUUGAUAUAAAAAUCGGCGAUUAAUAAAUAGUGAUCGUAAAGUGGGUCAACCGGAGCACCGGGGUGGAGAGAGAAAGAAGGAUAGACGUAUAAUAAAGAGAAAAAAAGAGAUAUAUCCAGAGAGAGAGAGAGAGAGAGAAGAGAGAGGGCGAGGGAGAAGGAAGUAAAAAAAUGGCCGCGAUGCAGGCCCGCAAGUUACCUGGGUUUAAAACUAUGCAUAAAUUUUACAAUUGAAACAAAAUUACAUUUCUAAAUUGCUUUUAUUUCUUUCUGUAUAAUAUAAACAAAUAUAUCAUAUUUUAGAAAGAUGCAGAAGCAGAUGCCGGCGUAGGUAUAAAAUUCU